UCGAAUUCGCUCACUCAAACCGUGUUAUGAAUUUUUAGAUUUUAUAAGUAUUGUGCCACAUCUAUCUUCAGUUAACCAAUAAAAAUAUAAGAUGUCCAGGAAAUAUCUAAUUUGCGCUAUUUUGCAGCUUCCGCGGUGAAUAACACAGUAGCCAAUGAUGACACUUUUCUGUGUGAUCAGAUCCAACAAUAAAUAUGGCGGUCAACGUAAUGAGUGUGAAGCAGCAACUAGCUGUUUUAGCGACAGCCGGUGGCUCUCACAAAGACCAAGCAGAAAAGUACCGAUCCAUCUUGGAUGUUAUUUUGACAUCAUCAGGAGAUGAUUUAGCUGAAACUUUGAAAGUCUUCAUUGAAGCAAUUGUAAAUGAGAAUGUGAGUUUGGUAAUAUCUCGGCAGAUUUUGACUGAUGUAAGCACCCAGCUCACAGUGCUCCCUGAUGCUAUAUCUAAAGCUGUUUCACACUACACUCUAGACAAGGUACAACCUCGUGUGAUCUCUUUUGAAGAGCAAGUAGCAAGUAUUCGCCAGCACCUUGCAGAUAUUUAUGAACGUGAACAAAGCUGGAGAGAUGCAGCCAGUGUUUUGGUAGGAAUUCCUUUGGAAACUGGACAAAAGCAAUAUUCUGUGGACUACAAAUUAGAAACAUACCUGAAGAUUGCAAGACUGUAUCUAGAAAAUGAUGAUCCAGUGCAAGCAGAGGCAUACAUAAACAGAGCAUCUUUAUUGCAGGCUGAAUCCAAAAACGAACAGUUGCAAAUAUAUUACAAAGUGUGUUAUGCCAGAGUAUUGGAUUAUCGUCGUAAGUUUAUUGAAGCUGCACAGCGCUACAAUGAACUGUCAUACAGGGGGAUCAUUCAUGAAGACGAAAGGAUGACAGCAUUACGGAACGCUUUAAUAUGUACAGUCCUUGCUUCAGCUGGUCAACAGCGCAGUCGAAUGCUUGCAACAUUGUUUAAGGAUGAAAGAUGUCAGCAGCUGCCAGCAUAUUCCAUCCUGGAAAAAAUGUAUCUUGAUCGAAUUAUCAGACGAUCAGAGCUUCAGGAUUUCGGAAACAUGUUGCAACCACAUCAGAAGGCUUCAACUACAGAUGGUUCCACCAUUCUAGAACGGGCUGUAAUAGAACAUAAUCUCUUAUCAGCCAGUAAGCUGUACAACAACAUCACAUUUGAAGAGCUAGGGGCACUCUUGGAAAUUCCUCCCAUUAAAGCUGAGAAAAUUGCAAGUCAAAUGAUAACUGAGGGGAGGAUGAAUGGUUAUAUUGAUCAGAUAGACUCCAUUGUCCAUUUUGAAAGACGGGAAGUAUUGCCAACAUGGGACAAGCAAAUCCAGUCACUGUGCUAUCAGGUGAACCAGAUAAUUGAGAAAAUAACUAAUAACGAGCCCGAAUGGAUCAGCAAAGCCAUGGAAGAGCAAAUGGUGCACUGAAUGAGCCAUGCAAAGUACUUUGGUUUUUACCAUAAGCAAAUCUGUGGCAGUGAUACCAAUACUCUGUAUUUAGUUUGUUGGAAAAGUAAGUUCAGUAUUUGAAAUAUCAUUGUGUGCCACAAUUCUCAGUAUAUUUGUUGUUGUGUUAUACAAAUAAAAGCUAAUGUUUCAAA